CGCACUGUUAUUUUUUUUUGUCCUCACGUAAGCCGCAAAGCAACAAGGCUGAGCGAGGACUCGCCCCGACGCGCUAUAACGGCUUAUAACGUCUGAGGACACUGACAGUGUGCUGGAGCGCCGCCGUUCAUGGAGUUAAAGGACACCUGAGCGCGUGAAUAUCGCCGGGUUUGGACAGAAAGAGAGCGGAGGCCGAAAACACGGCGGAGAGGCGACUGUGCUGCUGGAGCUGCGGCUCUCUCUGCGCCUCUCUCUGCGCCUCUCUGCCUCUGUCUGCCUCUGCCUCUGUCUCUCUCUACCUCUGUUUCUGGCUCUGACUCUCUCUACCUCUGUCUCUGCCUCUCACUGACCCUCUCUGCCUCUCUCUCUGCCUCUGCCUCUGCCUCUGGCUCUGACUCUCUCUACCUCUCUCUCUGACUCUGUCUCUGCCUCUCACUGACCCUCUCUGCCUCUGUUUCUGCCUCUGUCUCUACCUCUGUCUCUGCCUCUCUCUGACUCUCUGCCUCUGUCUCUGCCUCUCUCUGACUCUCUCUCUGCCUCUGUUUCUGCCUCUGUCUGCCUCUCUUUGCCUCUCAAUGAUUCUCUCUCAGACUCUCACUGACUCUCUCUGCCUCUGUCUGCCUCUCUCUCUCUGACUCUCCCUCCUUCUCUUUACCUCUCUCUGCCUCUCUUUCUCUCUCCCUCUCUGCCUCUCUCUCCGCCUCUCUCUCUCUCUCUCCCUCUCUCUCUGCCUCUCUCGCUCCCUCUCUCUCUCCCUCUCUCCCUCUGCCUCCCUCUCUCUCUCUGCCUCUCUCUGCCUCUCUCAGGCUGCAGGGCUAAAACGCUGGACACUACACUGCUGCACACUGGUGUAUUUGAGGGAAUAAAGGGCUGAAAGCUGCCCUGAGCCUUCAGCAUGGCGCACCUCCGGGCCAUCAACCAGAACGUUCGUCUGGACCCAGAGGAGUACUUCACUAAGCAGGAGCGAAUUGGGAAGGGUUCAUUCGGUGAAGUCUACAAAGGCAUCAACAACCGCAGUAAAGAGGUGGUGGCCAUCAAGAUCAUCGACCUGGAGGAGGCCGAGGACGAGAUCGAGGACAUCCAGCAGGAGAUCACCGUCCUGAGCCAGUGUGACAGCCCCUUCGUCACGAAGUACUAUGGCUCCUAUCUCAAGGGAACUAAACUGUGGAUCAUUAUGGAAUAUUUGGGAGGAGGAUCUGCUUUAGAUCUUCUCCGCCCUGGGCCGUUGGAGGAGACCUACAUCGCCACUAUUCUUAGGGAAAUUCUGAAGGGUCUGGAGUAUUUACACUCGGAAAGGAAGAUUCAUCGCGAUAUUAAAGCUGCCAACGUGCUGCUGUCUGAGCAGGGGGACGUGAAGCUGGCGGACUUCGGCGUAGCCGGUCAGCUCACAGACACACAGAUUAAGAGGAACACGUUUGUGGGAACUCCGUUCUGGAUGGCCCCGGAGGUCAUCAAACAGUCGUCCUACGACUUCAAGGCUGAUAUCUGGUCGCUGGGCAUCACAGCCAUCGAGCUGGCUAAAGGAGAGCCGCCGAACUCGGACCUGCACCCCAUGCGUGUGCUCUUCCACAUCCCUAAAAACACGCCCCCUACGCUGGAGGGCUCCUACAGCAAACCCUUCAAAGAGUUUGUGGAGGCGUGUCUGAAUAAAGACCCGCGAUUCAGACCCACAGCUAAAGAGCUGCUGAAACACAAGUUCAUCACACGCUACACCAAGAAGACGUCGUACCUGACGGAGCUGAUCGACCGCUACCGCCGCUGGAAAUCUGAGGGCCACGGAGAGGAGUCCAGCUCCGACGACUCGGACAUGGACGGAGACGGUGACGAGAGGGACCAGUGUCCUAUGUGGACGUUCCCCACAGUGCGUCCCAGCUCCAUGAAUAAACUACAGAAAGACUACACUAACACAGACUCGGAGGCGGCGGAGACGGUGAAGAGGCAGCCGAGGUCUCAGUGUCUGUCUGCACUCGUCUCACCCAUUUUCAGAGAGUUAAAGGAGAAGCGGAGGGCGAGCGGUGGAGGAAUCGGGGCCAUAGAGGAGCUGGAGAACGCCUUUAACCUGGCCGAGGAGUCGUGUCCCGGCAUCUCAGACCUGCUGGUCACACACGUGAUGGAGAGAGUGUGUCGGUUUGCACUGAACAGCAACGGAAACACGACCCCGUCGUCACGGUGAAGCCCCUCCUGACCCCGGCCUUGACCUCUGACCCCUGCCCGCCUGCUCAUGACCCCCUGGUGCACCCCGUGUUCCCGUUGUCUCCACCGUGCAGAUGUUUUAAUGAGUUGUAAUGAAAUAUUUUUACAGGUUCUUUAUAGAGCGGAGAUAUUUAAGAGACAAAGCCAUGCCACUGAGCUGUGUUCACCUGUUACACCCCUUACACCCAAAUCCUCAUAAAACCUCACACACAUCUA